CACCAACAACAGAACUUUCAAUCAUAUCUGUGUACACACCACAAGCUACAACCACCACAGCAACAAAACCAGAAACAACUGGAGUGACAACAACUGUGCCAUUCACUACAACACCAACAGUAGAACAUUCAACCAUAUCUUUGUACACAACACAAGCUACAACAACCACAGAAACAACAACACAAGAAACAACUGGAGUGACAACAACUAACAUGCCAACAAGUACAAAUUCUAAAACAAACACCACUACAAUUGUGCCAUCCAGUACAACACCAACAACAGAAUUCAACACCACAACUUUAUACACAACACAAGCUACAACAACCACACCAACAACACUAGAAACAAUUGCAUUGACAACUAUAACCAGCCCAACAAGUACUAUUUUAGAAACAACCACUGCAACAACUGUGCCAUUCACUACACCACCAACAACAGAAUUUACUAGCACAAAAUUGUACACAACACAAGCUGCAACAACCACACCAAUAACAACAGCAGAAACAAUUGCAUUGACAACUAUAACCACCCUAACAAGUACUAUUUUGGAAACAAAAAAAACUACAACUAUGCCAUCCACUACAACACAGAAAACAGAAUUUGAUACCACAGCUUUAUACACAACACAAGCUACAACAACCACAGCAACAACACCACCAGUAACAACUGGAGUGACAACUACUAGCACCACAAGUACAAUUUCUGAAACAACCAAUGCUACAACUGUGCCAUCCACUACAACACCAAAAACAGAAUUUACAAUAACCUCAUCAAAAACAACAGCAGAAACUAAUGGAGUGACAUCAACUACCAUGCCACCAAGUACAAUUUUAGAAACAAUCAAUACUACAACUUUAACAUCCACUACAACACCAACAACAGAACUUUCAAUCAUAUCUGUGUACACACCACAAGCUACAACCACCACAGCAACAAAACCAGAAACAACUGGAGUGACAACAACUGUGCCAUUCACUACACCACCAACAACAGAAUUUACUAGCACAAAAUUGUACACAACACAAGCUGCAACAACCACACCAAUAACAACAGCAGAAACAAUUGCAUUGACAACUAUAUCCACCCCAACAAGUACUAUUUUGGAAACAAAAAAAACUACAACUAUGCCAUCCACUACAACACAGAAAACAGAAUUUGACACCACAGCUUUAUACACAACACAAGCUACAACAACCACAGCAACAACACCACCAAUGACAACUACUAGCACCACAAGUGCAAUUUUUGAAAAAAACACUGCUACAACUGUGCAAUUUACUACAACAUCAACAACAGAAUCUGACAUCACAACUUUGUACACAACACAAUCUACAACAACCACACCAACAACAACAGCAAAAACAACUGGAGCAACAAUUAAUAGCACCAUACCAAGUACAACUUCUCAAACAUUCACUGCUACAACUGCCCCAUCCAAUACAUCAACAACAGGAUUUACCACCACAUAUUUGAACACAAAACAAGCUUCAACAACGACAGCAACAACAGCAGAAACAACUGGAGGGACAUUUGUGACAUUUGCUACAACACCAACAACAGAGUUUACCACCACAACAUUGUACACAACACCGGCAACAAGAACCACAGCAACAACAACACAUAAAACCACUGGAGUGACAUCGACUACCACCCCAAGUACAAAUUCUGAAAAAACAAUUGCUACAACUGUACCAUCCACUACAACACCAACCACCAUAUCUAUGAACACAACACAAGCUACAACAACAGAAACAAUUGGAGUGACAACUACAAUCACCCCAACAAGUACAAUUUAUGAUACAACCAAUAUUACAAAUUUAACAUCCACUACAACACCAACAACAGAAUUUUCAACUAUAUCUGUGUACACAACACGAGCUUCAACAAUAACUGCAGAAACAACUGGACUGGCAUCAACUAACACCACAAGUACUAUUUCUGAAACAAGCUCUGCAACAACUGUGCCAUUCAAUACAACACCAAAAACAGAAUUUAACACCACAUCUUUAUACACAACACAAUUUACAAAGACACCAACAACAACAGCAGGAACGACUGGAGUGACAACUACCACCACAAGUACUAUUUCUGAAAAAACCUCUGCUGCAACUGUGCCAUUCACUACAACACCAACAAAAGAAUACACCACCCCAACAUUGUACACAACACAAUCUACAACAACCACACCAUCAACAACAACCAAAACAACUGGAGUGACAAUUACUAGCACCCUACCAAGUACAAUUUCUGAAACCACCACUGCUACAACUGUGCCAUUCAGUACAUCAACAAUAGGAUAUACCACCACAUCUUUGUACACAACACAAGCUUCAAUAUCCACAGCAACAACAACAGCAGAAACAACUGCAGUGACAACUAUAACCACCCCAACAAGUGCUAUUUUCGACACAACAAAUACUACAACUAUGCAAUCCACUACAACACAGAAAACAGAAUCUGACAUCACAACUUUGUACACAAUACAAUCUACAACAACCACACCAACAACAACAGCAAAAACAACUGGAGCAACAAUUAAUAGCACCAUACCAAGCAACAAGAACCACAGCAAGAACAACACUGGAAUCAACUGGUGUGACGUCGACUACCACCCGAGGUGCAAAUUCUGCAACAGCAAUUGCCACAACUGUACCAUCAAGUACAACACCAGGCACCACAUCUAUGAACACAACACAAGCUACAACAUCCACAGCAACAACAGAAACAACUAG